AUGUCAUUAACUCCUGAAAAACAUGAUUCAAUAACUACAAAUCAAACAGAAUUACCAGAAUCAUCAUUAUACACUUCAAAAGUUCCAAAUUUUUUAAAAUGGAUAUAUAAAUUAGAUAAUUUAGGUAUAGAAACAAGAGGAAUAGAAAGAGUAAAUGAAGAAGAAAGACAUUCACUACUUCAACAAACAUCAAUAAAUUUUCAAAUUUUACAAGUUUUAGGACUUUGGUUUUCAUCAUGUAGUGGAUUAACAUCAAUGUCAUCAUUUUUUUUAUCAUCAAUUUUAUUUAAUUUAAAUUUAAAAACAAGUUUGAUAAAUAGUAUAUUUGCUGUGUUGAUAGGUUGUUUAGUACCUGCUUAUUGUUCAAUAAUGGGGAGCAAAUCUGGUUGUAGACAAUUAGUAACAGCUAGAUUUUUAUUUGGUCAAUGGGGUAUAAAAUUUAUUUCUUUAAUUACAAUAAUUGGAGGAAUUGGUUGGUCAAUUGUUAAUUGUGUUUUAGGUGGACAAAUUUUAAAUUCAAUUAACAACCAAAUUAGUAUUUCUUGGGGGAUUAUAAUUAUUGCUGUUGUUAGUUUAAUUGUUUCUAUAUUUGGUAUUAAAAUUUUAUUAAAAUUUCAAACUUUAUUAGCUAUACCUAUUUUUAUUGCUUGUAUUUUAUUUUAUAUUGUUGUUUUUAAGAAGAGUGAUUAUAUUCAUGAAAGUAAUAAGCUAAUAGCAGAAAUGGAAAUUGAUCCCCUAACAAAAACAGGGAAUUGGUUAUCUUUUUUCACUAUUGCUUAUGCAGUUACUGCAACUUGGGGAAGUGGUGCAUCAGAUUAUUAUAUUUUAUUUCCUGAAUAUAUUUCAUCAACAACUAUAUUUAUUAUAACUUUUUUAGGUAUAAGUUUACCCACAAUAUUUGUUGCAAUAAUUGGAACAAUUUGUGGAAAUAUUACAUUAUCUUAUACUCCAUGGAAUGAAAUUUAUAAUAAAUUUGGAAUUGGAGGAAUUAUAGUUGAAACUUUUAAACCAUGGGGAAAAUUUGGAAAAUUUAUUUCUGUGUUGUUAUAUUUAUCAUUAAUUUGUAAUAAUAUUAUGAAUACUUAUUCAAUUGCUUUUGAAUUUCAAUUAAUUGAUAACCAUUUAUUAUUUAUUCCCAGAUGGAUUUGGGUUAUUUUAAUCACAGUUAUAUAUAUCAUAUUAAGUUUAGUUGGUAGGGAACAUUUUUCAACUAUAUUAAGUAAUUUUUUACCAAUGUUAGGUUAUUGGAUUACUAUUUAUAUUGUACUAUUAUUAGAAGAGAAUUUAAUAUUUAGAUCAACUUUAAAAGUUAGAAAGUUACAUGAAAAAGAAUUUGGUGAUGAAGAAGAUGAUAAUAAUAAUUACAAAAAACUAUAUAAUUGGCAAAAUUGGAAUUUACCAAAAGGUAGAACAUUAGGAUUAGCUUCUUGUAUUGCUUUUUGUUUUGGAGUUGUUGGUGCUAUAUUAGGAAUGAAUCAAAUUUAUUUUAUUGGUCCAUUAGCUAAAAAAAUUGGUGAAUAUGGUGGUGAUAUUGGUAUGUGGUUAGCUUUUGGAUUUAGUGGUAUAACUUAUCCAAUUUUGAGGUAUAUAGAAUUAAAAAAAUUUAAAAGAUAA